AUGAGUGACAAGAUAAAUAGAUUAACUGUUUCUGUGCUGGUUUGUGUAUCAGCUGUGUAUUUCGCUGCGCUGUUGGUGGUAUCCAGUCAAAUUAACAAGAUUCAACCUGUCCCUUAUCUUGACGAGAUCUAUCAUGUGCCACAAGCCCAAGAAUAUUGCCAAGGAAACUUUUCACAUUGGGAUAACAGGAUUACUACUUUGCCUGGAUUGUAUCUGAUCUCGGUUGGUGUCAUUACACCAUUAUCUAGCUGGUUUAGUAAAAAUUUGUGUGAAACACAUCACCUACGACUAACCAAUGUUGUUCUCAGUUUGAGCAAUUUUGUGCUGAACGUUUGGUUGACCAAAAAAAUCCAUCGAGACUCUGGGAAACACGAUACAUGGAAAGGCAUGGCAUCAGCACUAAAUGUAGCCCUCUUCCCACCUCUUUUCUUUUUUUCAUUUCUGUACUACACUGAUGUAGCUGCGUCGUUCCUAGUUUUUCUCAUGUACGGUCUUCACAUGUACGGAAAGAAUGCAUUAGCGGCUGUUGCUGGAAUCGCAGCCGUGCUGGUGAGACAAACGUCUAUCGUCUGCGUAAUCCUUGUAGCUGUUGGAUGCUUCUAUUUAAGUUUGCAAAAGCUACUGUUGUCAACCAAAGAUCAAGUUGCUCUAGCGUUGGAAUAUUCUCACAAGCAUGGCAUCAUUCAUCGUGAUGUUAAGCCAGACAACAUGCUUCAGUCAGAUAAAUGCCAUGUUAAAUCGACUGAUUUUGGUUCGAGUCGCGUACAUAUUGACAGAGGUAACGUGCGGGUUUAG